AUGGCAGCCCGCAUUGAAUUGCCAUUCCUCUACCACACCCGCACUAUCCUGCGCUUGCCAAAGAGAGCUCGUCUCUCGUGUCCACGAUUUGUGUCAACUCAAGGGGAUUCAGACGCGCCCAUCGAAGAUGGCAAACCUCCCCUUUCCUCAGAGGAGGAGUCGUUUCUCAAAGCAAAAGCCCGAAGUGUCUCUCGGUCUCCAAUAGCGCCUAGAUCCGCCUCUAAGAACGCCGAGACAACCAUCAGCUCUACCAUAACCGCAAGCGAGCGUAGAGCCUUUGAGACAAUCUUGCGCUUUGCCCCCAAGCAGACCGAGCCAGCUAGUUCAAAGCGCCGGUCACCUUAUGCCGAUGCUGCCGAUACCGACAUUGAGAAUAUCCUCGAGAUAUUCACUUCUUCUAUACGGAGCCAUCAGUCAGCACGUGAUAACGCUCAGCUUGCCCAAAAACUUGAUAGCGAUGUCGCAGAUCAGGAAGCCGGGAUAGAGCCGCCAGAUGUUCAAACAUCGACAGAACGAGCUCAAACGACACGGCCUGUACUUCGUCCAACGGAGCAGUCUAUCCUCCAACCCACCCAGCACCACGAACCUGAGUCAAUAGCUCAGCCGGGUUUCAACGCCGCGCAGGAACGCGGUGGAAGCUCCGGCGCGCCAGUUCAGGCAAAGGCACCAAGCACUGUUGAACGUAUAGGAACGGAAGCAACGGAAGUCAAGGAUCUUUCAGGCCCUCUGAUCCGGAGGCAACACUUGAUUUCAGCAAUACAAGAACAACGUGAUAUCCUCGAGCAGUCACUCGCCGAAACUGCCAUUCCGUCUCGUCCCUUUGGCCAACUCGAGGAAUCCAUCCAGCAUGCCGUUCGUGAACGCAUGCACUCCAUUUCCCAAGCCCUCCAAGAAGCAGCGCACUCGAAGGAUGAGAGGGGUGAUAUCGCGAUGUGGGAGGUCUGUGAGUCUCAAAUCUUCUCGAUGGCAAGGGACCUACAGCCCCAAUCCAGCCAGCAGUCCCGGCAUAGGGAGCAGCGGCCGAUAUAUGGUGGGAUACGAAAAUUCACAUUCACGCGAGAAAAGUCGGACGAUCCUCGCCAGCUGAUCGAAGCAGCGGAAAGACUGCUACGAGUUUCUUCUCCCACCCCCAGCACCAAUCACGCCGACGACACCUCAAUAGAGCCCAAGCCUUCGAUAACUCAACACACAACAACCCCUUCGACUCUUUCCACAACCCAACUCGCCAUCCUCCAGCACACCUACCCGGCAUCACUCCUCCUCGCCCUCAGGCUGUACAUAAGCCUCUACCCUUCCUCACCCCACCCGCUGCUGCUCCUGCCGCGGAUCCGCUCUCUGGGCACGACGUCUUACGUGCUCGGCGCCAGUCCACAGUUCUACAACUCGUUGAUGUCACUGGUCUGGCUGACGCGGAGCUCUUUGAGGGAAGUGGACGGAUUGCUAGCGGAAAUGGAGCGGGGCGGAGUAGAAAUGGACGAAGGGACAUAUGCAGUGCUGGGACGCAUUGAAGAGGAGAGAGCCGUGGAUUUGGCGGCUGAAAGGGGGAGGGAAAGGCAAAGGCAAAGGGACAAGGCACAGGAAUCACUGGGUAGUCGUGGUGCGGCGUGGUGGAGGAGACAGGAACAGAUGCUCUGGUUUCCCAGGAUAUUGGAUUGGUUGGACGUCGUGGCCGGAAGGCUCGCCGCCAGGGAGAGGACGCUGUAA